UGUUUACAGUACAGUCACGGCACGAAAAGAUCCAUGUGUUCAGUCGGUGGUUUGUCCGGCUAUCGAGCAGGUAGUGCGUAUGCGUCGAGCGGCUGCGCAUUUCGUUUCUCAAAGUGUACAUUCGUGUCACGUGGUUCCACAUUUAUCCCGCCGAUUUCAUUUCGCAAAAAUAAUUUCAUUUUUUCCCCCAAAUGUCACGAUUUAAUCUCAUCACAAGGAUCUCUUAACAAUUGUUUCUGACAUUUGGAGAAAAUUUAUUGUGAAAUUCCUCUCGAGUGUAAAAUUAAACAUUAACAAAAAAAAAAAAAAUACUUUUUAUGAAAAAGGAAUUUUUAUUUAAGUGAAACAUAUUUUUUUUUCUAUAGUGAUUCUUUGUUUUUCUUUUGAAAAGUCUUUCAAAAAGUUUAUCAAAAAGUCUUUCAAAAAGUCUUAAAUCUUUAAUUUAGAAAGAUCUGAUUUCUUUCAUCAAUUUCUACUCAAAAGUGCGAAGUGCAUCGGGUGUUUAAAAAUAAAUCAAACUUGUUAAAUAGGAUAAAGUGUUGUGAGUGCUUUAAUUGAAAGUGGAUUUUAAAGUGAAUUUAAAAAAAAAAUUAAAAUCUUGAAGAAAAGAAAAAGUAAUCAAUUGAAUGCGAAUGAAUGUCAAUGAGAGACGAUUGUUAUGACCGGCGUAUUAUUUUUUGAUAAGGAGAAGAAGCGGGUGGAGAAGAAUGAAAAGUGGUUAUUGUUGACAAUUGAUUGGCAAGAGAAAUUGGAGGCGGAAAAGGGGAAAAAAUUUGGUGCACAGGGAAGAGUGGUGGUGGUUGGCGGCGCCGGUACCGUCGGCGGUACUACCGGCACAAAAAUAAUGCCUCGCGGUUUACCAACGAGACGAGGCCUUCAGGCACUGGCUCUCAUUCUUGCGACAGCUUACGCUACAAUUCUUCUCUAUCAGGCUGUUGCACCGCGCCAGUGGAAUGAAGAAGGUGCAGAAGAGAUCAAUAACAGUGUCGCCAUUGAAGUCCCAAUAUCUAGAGCAGCUGGUGAGGAAGAUGCGGUAACACCGCCUGGAGCAACUGCUACAAUGGCACCAUUUUCCACUGAUCUUGCUGACGUCUUUAUCAGCGUGAAGACCACCCGUCACUAUCAUCAUUCCCGUUUGCCUGCAAUCAUCAGCACGUGGUUUCAAUUCGCCAAGGAUCAGACGUGGUUCUUCACUGACAGGGAUGAUGCGUACUUUCAAAACGAAACGAACGGUCAUAUGAUCAACACUAAGUGCUCGUCGUCACACAACAGGAGGGCGUUGUGCUGCAAGAUGUCCGUGGAGUUCGACAGGUUUCUCGACAGCGGCAAAAAAUGGUUCUGUCAUUUCGACGAUGACAAUUACGUGAAUGUGCCGCGGUUGCUGAAGCUUCUGGAUAACUAUAAUCCACGAGAGGAUUGGUACCUAGGGAGACCGUCGAUACCAGCGCCCUUGGAAAUUUUACGUCAAGGCUCCGAGUCUACAAAACGAUCUCAGAAGGUCAAAUUCUGGUUCGCCACGGGUGGCGCCGGUUUUUGCAUCAGCAGGGCGCUCGCUCUCAAAAUGAUACCGGUGGCUGGUGGUGGCAAGUUUAUUACUGUUGGCGAUAAAAUAAGACUGCCCGAUGAUGUGACAAUGGGUUAUAUUAUUGAGCAUCUUUUGAAGAAGCAACUCACUGUCGUCGAACAAUUUCAUUCGCAUCUUGAACCAAUGAAAUUCCUCAAUAAGGACACUUUCCACGAACAGGUAUCAUUCAGUUACUCGAAAGGUUCCAAAGACGAAUGGAAUGUUGUGAAAAUCGAUGGUUUCAAUCCUAGAGACGAUCCAACAAGAUUCAGAUCGAUUCAUUGUCAUCUUUAUCCGAAACUUUCAUAUUGUCCGCACAGAUGAUGAAUUUACGUAAUGUAAUAUUUUUUUUUGUUUAAUUUUUUUUGUGAAUUUAUUAUUUUUUUUAUAUAAAAUAUAUAAAAUAUUUAAAAUGAUAAAUUAUGAACGAAGCAAUGACUGAACAUGAUGGCAGCAAUAAAAGUCCGGAAUUAUUUGUCUGCAACCAGUGAAGCAGUAUAAGGUAGAUUAAAGUUUAUACGUUCCAUAAAAAUCACGCGAGUCGCUUUGCCGAAACAUUAAACAGAUUGCAGAACGUUAUUUAAUCCACUUUGUCUAUACUACUGCUGCGUCAAAACUUAAAUGUUUACGAACGUGCAAAAAAUGAAAAAAAAGAGAGAGAAAAUGUCAAACAAAUGUUUGAAAUUCAACUCCAAUGCGGUAUGUGCAUAUAAUUUACACAGUAAAACUUCCUGAAUCAGAAGGGAUUCUUCUCGUAAAAUUUUUUAUUUUUCUAAGCAAUUUAAUUAAUUUAAUUUAAUUAUUAAUUAUUAAUAAUCAUGGUUAAUUUUUAUUUUGAACAAAUUUUAAAUAAAUUUAUAACGCAAA